UUUCAUUUUAUGUAAUCUCGUUUACUUAUUGAACCCCCAUUUCGAGGGCGCUCCACCGUCAAGAUCCAUCAAGGGCCUUUUAUGAUACACAAUCUGCGCUCAUGGCAGUGUAUAUCAUCCAGGGGUAAACGGUCAAGAGCGAUACAUAAAAGGGCUAUGACAAUCUCCAGCCUCGGUUGUCUUACAACUUUCUUCGCAUUAUCUGCUUGCUCAAACUUUCAGGAUGGAGUAUUUACUGCAGAUCGUCGCUCUUCUCGUCUUGAUAUCUUGGUGGAUCAUCUCCAACUCACGAUCCAAGUCUCGCCUACCUACUCAGUUCGCAAAUCUCAAGCCUAUCCCAGGACCGAAAGGUCUCCCGUUCAUUGGCAAUGCUCUCGCAAUGCCCCGAGUUCAGGAGUGGAAAGUUUUCAAGGAGUGGUCUCACAUUUAUGGGAACAUCUUCAAAGUUUCUGUUUUCGGAAGAACGAUCAUUGUGGUGAACUCAUUCGAUAUCGCGAUCGAAUUAACGGAGAAACGAGGGGCGAUCUACUCAUCGCGUCCUCGUUUGAUCAUGGCAGGCAAAUUGAUGGGUUUCAACGCGACGUAUCCCCUUAUGCCUUACAAUGAUGGACUACGGGCUGCCAGGAGACUGGCGCAUCACACACUCAGUCCUCGACCAGUAAAAUCAAUGCUGCAUGUACCAGAGGAGGAAGGAGGUCGAUGGCUCCGUCGUCUUCUCAACAAUCCCAAAGAUUGGAAACAGUCUGUUGCCGAAGUAAAUGGUGCCGUGACAACCAAGAUCGUAUAUGGAUACCAGGCAGGUGGCGAAAAGGACCCUAUGGUCAAGGCUUUUGAGGUUGCUUUACACGCGUUCUCAUUAGCCAUUGCCCCGGGGGCACAUCUCGUUGACUUUUUCCCUUCCUUACAGAAGGUUCCAUCCUGGUUAUUCAGAUUCGGAUUCCGAGAGCUUGCAGACCAUGGUAAAGAUGCGUUGAUGUACUCUGUGGACGCUAGUUGGACUUUUGUGCAUAAUCAGAUCGCUGCCGGAGUUGCUCGUCCAUCGAUGGCUUUGGAUUCGCUCAAUUUGAUCCAAAAGGAGAGAAACCAGAAGGCAUCGGCUGAUAUGGAUGAAGUUGCGAAAUGGACCGCGGCUGCUACGGCGGGUGCCGGUGCACAUACACCUGUAUCUGCGCUCAUGUUCUGGGUUCUCGCUAUGGUUGCCCAUCCUCACGUACAGAUAAAAGCACAAGAAGAAUUAGAUCGCGUUGUUGGCAGGGACCGUCUUCCAAACCUUUCAGACAGGCCGAACCUUCCAUACAUCGAGGCCAUACUCAAAGAAGUACUGCGCUGGCAUCCCGUUACUCCCUGUGGUGUUCCCCAUACAUCUUCAGAAGACGAUGAAUACGAAGGAAUGUUCAUUCCAAAGGGAACGUCAAUCAUUCUUAAUCAAUGGGCGAUGCUGCACGAUCCUGCGUAUUUCUCUGAACCAGAGAAGUUCCUUCCUGAAAGGUUCCUCGGUGACUCCCCUGCCGAUCAAGUACGCGCGGGGAAUCCAUAUGCUAUCGCUUUCGGGUUUGGAAGGAGGAUAUGCCCGGGCCUUCAUUUGGGCUCGGUCAUGAUGUACUGUUUCAUUUCCAAAGCGUUGUCGACUUUCGAUAUCAAGCGGCCUAUCUGUGCCGAGACUGGGAAGGAGUUCGAUCCUCCUGUGGAUGCGGCACCCGGAAAUGUUAGCUUCCCUGUAGAGUUCGACUGUCGUUUCGUAGCCAGAGAUCAGAAGGCUAUCGAUUUGAUCAAUCGCGACACAGAACAGCUUGUUGCUGGCGAGGGAAUGCCUUCCGGGUUUGAAGUCCCACCAGAAUCCCAUUCAAUGGCGCAUCAUUGGUGAAAUUGUAAGAGAGUUGGCAGUACAUAUGCAUAGAUUAUAUUGUAAGGUCUGUAUGAUUUUCUUGAUUUGGAACCGUAAAAACUUCCAAAGUGCAACCCUCGUUAAUUUAGUUCGCAUUGAUAAUUGUGUAUUCCUUAUAAAGCAGAUUGUAAUUCACUUCCCAUUUGUAAAUCCUACAUGCCUCUUAUAAGGUUACAAAGUACUGCAUGACACUCCCAAGUUAGUUUUUCCUUCAUAGGCACGAGCAGAGUGAUUCAAAAUUAG